AAUAAAUUAAAAUAACUCCAAGAAGAAAGAUAAUUUGGUAAAUGAAAAAGCCAUAAUAGUUAUAUAAGGUACUCUUAUACUCAAGUGAAACUUAUUGGUGAACUCGUUUAGCUAGAAAGAAACAAGCCAAAAUUGAGAAUAAAAUUUAGUAAAAUGAGUCAAGUCAAGAAAACAAUAAUAAUAAUUAAAAUUCAUAAAAUACAGAUAGUUCUCAACGACUAAAGAAGACAACUAUUAAAAUUAACUUGAUUCAAAUAAUAUUCAUGCUCCAAUCGAAAAAUAUAGGAAAUCAGAUAGAAUGCCAGACAAUUUGACCGAUGAAGCUAAAUAGGUAUUUAAAAUAUAUAGGUUAGGCAUUAAGUAAAUCGGGAUUCUUUGUGUAUGAUUAGUACAAGGAUGAAUUUAAAGAGUUACCAUUUUUAGACCCUUACGAUUAGACUGUGGCAGUUUUUAUAAAGGAUAAUGGAAGAAUGGGUUUGUUUUGAAAUUGAAAAUA